AUGAUUGGAGCCAGGUUUCUAUUGCUUUUCGGGUGUGUAAAUUCGUUGAUUUUGACCUCUUUGGAUAAUCCCACUGGCUGUGAGUGGCGGCACAAUGUUUCAGGUAAAAUUAUCUUAAAACAUAAUUAAAAAAAUAACAUUACUUAUUCCAUCAAUGCGAAAUGAUAUUUUAGAAUCUGAAGGAAUGUCUCUGACUCAAAUGGAAACUCUGGAGAAUUGUUUGUAUUAUAAAUUGGCCCAAUCUCAGCCCAGUCACAUGGAGUUUAUCCAAGAUCCCCCCUGGGAAUAUCCUCUGACCAUCGGCGUCGAUCAUUAUGUUGUCCAUCAAGUCGAUCUGGUUGGUAUCCAAACAAUUAUUUUAUUUUAUUUAUAUUUAGCUAAAGAAAGAUUCAUCCCAAUUUAAUAUUCAUGGAGAUCUGUACAUCGUAAGUACUAUAGAAAUAACUAUAAUAACAUUAUAUCAGACAUGGAAUGACUCUCGCCUUUCUUGGAACGAGACCGAUUGGAAGAUUGAUGAGUUUGCGUUGCAUGAUAAUCAUCAUAUCUGGACUCCCCAUUUCAACGAAGACUCGGAAUGUAGUCAAGCCGAUGGAUGUAUUGCCAGGAUAUCCGAUAUAGAAAUCAAAUAUGAUGGGACGGUGACAGCCAGGUUCACAUUCAGAUUCCCGGCGUUUUGUGGGAUUAAUUAUUACAAAUACCCUGAGGAAACGAACGAUUGCUGUCUAUUAUUGACCCUACAAGAGAUCGAAAGGAAAGUUAAAUUCGAAUUGAAAACAAAAGAAAGAGCGGCUAUUCAAAAACCGGUGGCAUUGACGACAGUGGAGACUGAGGGGAACACCAAGAUCUUCAAGAAUGUCGAGACAUCCAUCUGGACAGUUACAGUAAGCAAAUUGGGGUAUUAUUUACUUAGCCUUCUUAUCUUUCCUUGCUUCGAUAAAACUGUCUUUCAGGACCGAGUUAUCGAUGUAGCCAAGAUCGGAGGGUAUCGAAACGAAUUCCUCCGACUUUGUAUCCAUGCCAAGAAGGAGAUGAGCACCUUGAAGAUCGCUCUUCGUAUUCCGGUUACGAUCGCCACAAUGCUGAUGCUGGUCUCUCCAUUAUUCGGGGAUCUGCGGACUCAAUCCUUUGUCAAACUUCUGACCCUGACCUUGCAGACCAUCUGUUUCUUGUUCUUAUGCUCGAUUGCACCGGAGAAUGGCUUUGGCGGGACCAAACCGAAGAUAUGUAAGGAGACGUCAUUUGAUGAAUUAUAAGAGACUUAGUGCGUGGUGUUGCGUGACGAAAUUGGCUCAUGCGCCUGCUUUUUAUUUAAGUUCAAUCCAGUUUAAAAAUUGUUUUUAUGAUUAAAAAACGCAUAACAUCAAAAAAAAAUGCCCUUGUAAGACUUAACCUUCCUUAUUUCAGACACCUUUUACGAAUUCCUCUUUUUCGUCAGCUUCCUCUCCAUCCUGGUUACCCUUGUUUGUUUGGCAUUGUGUCGAGUCCGUCGCACCGUGCCACCCUCCCAUUUCUUUUAUUUAAGUGCCAAGUUAAUCAAUCGUUUCUUCUGUUGUAUUGAGCCAGAACAGAGUACCUCCUAUCAGCGUCAUCUUGAGGACACUUUCGAUCGACCCGACAGUGAUCGGACGACUACAAUUGUAGAUUACACCCACGAGUGGAGGCACAUUUACAUCGCUGUGAAUAAUCUCUUUUCAGGCCUUUCUUUCAGCGUCUUCUGUUUUGUGAUUAUAUUUGAGAUCAUGUAA